CCAUCCAUGGAGAAUCAGACCACUGCAGUGACCGAGUUCAUUCUGCUUGCUUUUCCCAUCGAUAGAGAGGUGGAGCUGCUGUUCUUCAUGCUCCUUCUUCCCACAUACAUGAUUACACUCCUGGGGAAUAUCCUCAUCAUCUACAUCGUUAUGUCCCUCUCACGCCUCUAUACACCCAUGUACUUGUUCCUCUGCAAUCUCUCUGUCUUGGACAUCCUCUUCACCUCUGUCAUUUCUCCAAGGGUACUGGACAACUUGGCCACUGGGGAUAAGAACAUCUCCUUUGCUGGGUGUAUCACCCAGUGCUAUUUCUACUUCUUCCUGGAAAUGAUGGAGUUUAUUCUACUGACAUCCAUGUCCUAUGACAGGUAUGCUGCUAUCUGUAACCCACUGAGGUAUAGCACCAUCAUGAGUCUUUCUGUGUCCAUUGGAAAGUUUCUUUUCUCAUGGUUGGGUGGUUUCUUAUCUGUUCUUUUCCCUAUCAUACUCAUCUCUAGGUUACCCUUCUGUGGAGCCAAUAGCAUUAGCCACUUUUUCUGUGACAGUGGACCUCUAUUGGCCCUGGCAGACACAGCAUCCAUUGAGCUGAUGAACUUCCUGCUGUCAUCCACUGUCAUUAUUUUUUCCAUAAUUCUCACUGGGUAUUCCUAUGCUUGUAUCAACACGACUAUCUUACGCAUCCCAUCAGCCAGUGGGAAGAAGAAAGCCUUUAACACCUGUGCUUCUCACUUAACCAUCGUUGUAAUAGCUGGAGGCAUCACAGCCUUUAUCUAUGUGACUCCCUCACAGAAAGAAACCUUGGAGAUCAACAAAAUACCCUCGGUGUUGAGCAGUGUGGUGGCACCUUUCCUCAACCCCUUCAUCUAUACCCUGUGCAAUGACACUGUGCAGUGGAUCCUCAGGGAGAUGUGGGUGGGAGUCAGAGAAGUUUUAGUGGGAAGAGAAAGAGAACUGUUUAGCAGAGUGUCCAAAAAAGAUCAUUAA